AUGACUGAUGGUGCUGUAUGGCUCACGAUCAGAACCGAGCAAUCUCCAUUUGUGUGUGUGAACGUCUGCAGCUACUUCCAUGUUUGUCGUGUUGAAACCUGCGUGGUGGGCGGCCUGGAUGUGGUUAUUAUUGACAAACAGCAGCGCAACGUGAAGCCUCCCGGGUUCCAGCCCGCCUCUGUGUGUCUGUUGGUCGUUCAACCUGUUUGUCCUGUUCGCUACAGCCAUCACUGUAACACUCGCCACUCUACCCCGCUGACUGCCACCAUGUCUCGCCGCAAGCAGGGCAAACCCCAGCACUUAAGCAAGCGGGAUUUUUCGCCAGAGCCCCUUUCCACGGCCAUUGUUUCGUCGUCGGAGCUGUCAGAGCGCUGCUCUGAGCGUUUGGAAGAGAACGGCACCGUCAAUGGGCACCACCCAGGCUCCGCCGUGGGUCGACUGGCUCGACUGGGUCACGACGCUCACCCCUCUAUUGAGCAGGACCUCCUUACAUGCGGACAGUGCCAGGCCACCUUUCCCCUGGCGGACAUCUUGCUCUUCAUCGAGCACAAAAGGAAGCGGUGCCACGGACCACCCUGUCUCGCUGUGGGCAGGGGGUUGGACAAGCCCCCCUCUCCCUCACCCGGUUUGGCCCUCACCCCAUCGCCCGCUCUGGGCUCCCUGCGCAGCCGAAGGCCUGUUGAAGUGGGCGUCCAAGCUACACUGGCAGAAGACGAUGACCGGUUCUCAACGCCUCGAGGGAUUUGCCCCAAACAGGAGCCUCUCCAAGGUAAGGAGGAGCCAGCCACCUAUACCUGCACUACAUGCAAGCAGUCAUAUGGCAGCGCCUGGUUUUUGCUGCAGCACGCUCAGAACACCCACGGUUUCCGUAUUUACCUGGAAAGUGAACAUGGCAGUCCUCUCACCCCACGCAUGGGUGGGCCAUCCUCCCUUGGAGGUGGCGCUGACUGUCCCUCUCAGCCUCCUCUUCACGGCCUGCACUUGCCUCCUGACGCAAGCCCUUUCAAUCUACUCCGCAUACCUGGAUCAGGCUCAGGUGGAAGGGAAAGCAUUGGAGCAGGAGGUACAGUCGGCCAUAUUGGAGGUGGGGGCCAUCAGCGUUUCCCUCCAACACCACCCCUGUUCAGUCCCCCUCCAAGGAACCACCUGGAUCCUCAUCACCUGAGCCCAGAGGAACUGGCGUUGGCAGCCCACCAUCCUAGUGCCUUUGACAGGGUGCUGCGCCUCAAUCCUCCUCUGCCUUUGGACCCCCCUCCGACAAUGGACUUCUCAAGGAGGCUUCGGGAACUGGCGGGCAACACCUCAGGGUCCUCUCCCCCACUGUCCCCCAGCCGACCCAGUCCCAUGCAACGCUUACUCCAGCCAUUUCAAACAGGAGGAAAUGGAAGUACUGGCAGUGCAGGAGGCAGCAAACCUCCAUAUCUUGCCACUCCACCACCUCUUCCAGGCUCCAUGCAGUCGCCUGUGGGUUCUCAGACCACUCCAACAACCCCUCUCCCCUCGACAGGAGCAACCCCUUCCUCCACCUCUCAGUUGAAAUCAAAGUGUUGUGAAUUUUGUGGCAAAGCCUUCAAGUUUCAAAGUAAUUUGAUUGUACACCGGCGCAGCCACACAGGAGAGAAGCCGUAUAAAUGUCACUUGUGUGAUCAUGCAUGCACACAGGCAAGUAAACUUAAACGUCACAUGAAAACACACAUGCACAAAUCCUCCUCCCCUAAUGCAGGCAAGUCAGAAGAUGGUCUAUCAACAGCCUCAUCGCCAGAGCCUGGCACCAGUGAGCACAUGGGCAGCGCAAGCAAUGCCCUUAAGUCUGUAGUGGCAAAGCUGAAAAGUGAGAAUGACCAUAUUUUAUGUGAAAAUGGGGAAGAUGAGGAGGAAGAGGAGGAGGAAGAAGAAGAGGAAGAAGAGGAGGAAGAAGAAGAAGAGGAGGAGGAGGCAGAGGAGGAAGUGCGGAAUGGAGAGAGGGCACCCAGAAGAAUCAACAACAGCUAUCACUUUGGACUGCACCUUGAAGCAGCACGGCAGCAUGAAAACAAUGGUGGUAUCGGUAGUCGACUGGGAGGACUUCUCGAGGAGGGGUCCAUUCCUCGUUCACUGCCUGAGGUGAUGCAAGGGAUGGGUCUGGCUGCCAGCAUGCAGCACUUCAGUGAAGCUCUCAAUGCGCACAAACGAAAUGUCAUGGUCCAGGAGAACCACUUGCACCACCAUCUCAACCGUGACCAUCACCACAGGCAUGAGAUUUGUGAUGGAAACUCUGUGCUUGAAACAGAUCGGGUGGAAGAAGGUUCUGUGUCUGCAGUCAAUGGGCGAGGAGCAUCUCCAAAUGAAUCUGCCUCUGUUGGCCUAUCAAAAAAACUUCUUCUCGGUAGUCCCAGUCCACUAAGUCCUUUUACCAAACGCAUAAAGCUGGAGAAAGAAUUUGACCUGCCAACCCCCACAAUCCCCAAUACUGAGAAUGUCUACUCCCAGUGGCUUGCUGGCUAUGCUGCCUCACGACAACUUAAGGACCCUUUCCUGAGCUUUGGAGAUUCUAGACAAUCGCCCUUUGCAUCAUCAUCCGAGCAUUCUUCAGAAAACGGCAGUCUGCGUUUCUCAACCCCUCCGGGGGAACUAGACGGUGGGAUGUCAGGCCGUAGUGGUACAGGCAGUGGGGGCAGCACGCCACACCUUGGGGGCCAUGGCCGGCCUAGCUCCAAGGAUGGACGCAGGAGUGAUACUUGCGAGUAUUGUGGCAAAGUUUUCAAGAACUGCAGUAACCUGACAGUGCACCGGCGCAGCCACACAGGAGAGAGACCAUACAAGUGUGAGCUGUGCAAUUAUGCAUGUGCCCAAAGCUCCAAACUUACUCGCCACAUGAAGACCCACGGUCAAGUGGGCAAAGACGUGUACAAGUGUGAAAUCUGUCAGAUGCCCUUCAGUGUCUACAGCACUUUGGAGAAACACAUGAAAAAAUGGCACAGUGACCGUCCUUUGAGUACCGAAAUAAAGUCUGAGUAA